ACUAAAUUAGAAUAUUAGUAAAAUCACUGUUUUUGGAACAGUUCUAAAUACUCACAUUAGUUUUGUUUUCCCAGGAUUAAUCACCUGAGAUGAUUUUAUUAUCUGAAACUUAUCGGGAAUAAUCUGCCUCAUGACUUUGAGAUCUUACGGAAUAUCUGUUUAGACGUCAUUCCCAUGGCUUCAUCUCUGUACUUUCAGAAUCAUGAGACAGACUUUGCCUUACAUCUACUUUUGGGGGGGACUUUUGCCCUUUGGGAUGCUGUGUGCAUCGUCCACCAACAAGUGCACUGUUAGCCAUGAAGUUGCUGACUGCAGCCAUCUGAAGUUGACUCAGGUACCCGAUGACCUCCCCACAAACAUAACAGUGUUGAACCUUACCCAUAAUCAACUCAGAAGAUUACCAGCUGCCAAUUUUACAAGGUAUAGCCAACUAACUAUCCUGGAUGUAGGAUUUAACACCAUCUCAAAACUGGAGUCAGAAUUGUGCCAAAAACUUCCCAUGUUAAAAGUCUGGAACCUCCAGCACAAUGAGCUGUCUCAACUUUCCGAUAAAACUUUUGUCUUCUGCACGAAUUUGACUGAACUCCAUCUCAUGUCCAACUCAAUCCAGAAAAUUAAAAAUGAUCCCUUUAAAAACCAGAAGAAUUUAAUCACAUUAGACCUGUCUCAUAAUGGUUUGUCGUCUACAAAAUUAGGAACUCAGGUUCAGCUGGAAAAUCUCCAAGAGCUCCUGUUAUCAAACAAUAAAAUUCAAGCGCUAAAAAGCGAAGAACUUGAUUUCCUCGCCAAUUCAUCUUUAAAAAAAUUAGAGUUGUCAUCAAAUCAAAUUAAAGAGUUUUCUCCAGGGUGUUUUCACGCAAUCGGAAGAUUAUUCGGCCUCUUUCUCAACAAUGUCCAGCUGGGUCCCGGCCUCACAGAGCAGCUAUGUUUGGAAUUAGCAAACACAAGCAUUCGGAGUCUGUCUCUGAGUAACAGCCAGCUGUCCGCCACCAGCAACGCAACUUUCUUGGGACUAAAGUGGACAAAUCUCACCAUGCUCGAUCUGUCCCACAACAACUUAAAUGUAAUUGGUAACGAUUCCUUUGCGUGGCUUCCACAUCUAGAGUAUUUCUUCCUAGAGUAUAAUAACAUACAGCAUUUGUUCUCUCACUCUUUGCACGGGCUUUUCAAUGUGCGGUACCUGAAUUUGAAACGCACUUUUACUAAACAAGGUACUUCCCUUGAUUCGCUCCCCAAGAUUGAUGAUUUUUCCUUUCAGUGGCUAAAAUGUUUGGAGCAUCUUAACAUGGACGAUAAUGAUAUUCCGGGCAUAAAAAGCAAUAUGUUCACAGGAUUGAUAAACCUGGAAUACUUAGGUCUAUCCAACUCCUUUACAAGCUUGCGAACUUUGACAAACGAGACCUUUGUAUCACUUGCUCAUUCUCCCUUACACCUGCUCAACCUAACCAAGAAUAAAAUCUCAAAAAUAGAGAGUGGUGCUUUCUCUUGGUUGGGCCACCUACAAGUACUUGACCUGGGCCUUAAUGAAAUUGGGCAAGAACUCACAGGCCAGGAAUGGAGAGGUCUAGAAAAUAUUUUUGAAAUCUAUCUUUCCUACAAUAAGUACCUGCAACUGACUAGGAACUCCUUUGCGCUGGUCCCAAGCCUUCAGCGGCUGAUGCUCCGAAGGGUAGCCCUUAAAAACGUGGAUAGUUCUCCUUCACCAUUCCAGCCUCUUCGGAACUUGACCAUUCUGGACCUAAGCAACAAUAACAUAGCCAACAUCAACGAUGACACGUUGGACGGUCUUGAGAAACUGGAAAUUCUGGAUUUGCAGCAUAACAACUUAGCGCGGCUCUGGAAACAUGCAAACCCUGGUGGUCCUGUUUAUUUUCUAAAGGGUCUGUCCCAUCUCCACAUCCUUAACUUGGAGUCUAACGGCUUUGACGAGAUCCCCGUUGAGGUCUUCAAGGAUUUGUCUGAACUAAAGAUCAUCGAUUUAGGAUUGAAUAAUUUAAACACACUUCCAGCUUCUGUCUUUGAUAAUCAGGUGUCUCUAAAGUCACUGAACCUUCAGAAGAAUCUCAUAACAUCAGUGGAGAAGAAGGUUUUCGGGCCAGCUUUCAGGAACCUGUGGGAUUUGGACAUGCGCUUUAAUCCUUUUGAUUGCACGUGUGAGAGCAUCGCCUGGUUUGUUAAUUGGAUUAAUGAGACCCAAACCAACAUCCCUGAGCUGUCAAGCCAUUACCUCUGCAAUACGCCGCCUCACUAUCACGGGUUCCCAGUGAGGCUUUUUGAUACAGCAUCCUGCAAAGACAGUGCCCCUUUUGAACUCUUUUUCAUGAUCAGUACCAGUAUCCUAUCAAUUUUUAUCUUUAUGGUACUUCUCAUUCACUUUGAGGGCUGGAGGAUAUCUUUUUACUGGAAUGUUUCAGUCCAUCGAGUUCUUGGUUUCAAAGAAAUAGACAGACAGACAGAAAAGUUUGAAUAUGCGGCCUAUAUAAUUCAUGCCCAAAAAGACAAGGAUUGGGUCUGGGAGCACUUCUCCCCAAUGGAAGAAGAAGACCAAUCUCUCAAAUUUUGUCUGGAAGAAAGGGACUUUGAGGCGGGUGUUUUCGAACUGGAAGCAAUUGUUAACAGCAUCAAAAGAAGCAGAAAAAUUAUUUUUGUUAUAACACACCAUCUAUUAAAAGACCCAUUAUGCAAAAGAUUCAAGGUACAUCAUGCAGUUCAACAAGCUAUUGAACAGAAUCUGGAUUCCAUUAUACUGAUUUUCCUUGAGGAGAUUCCAGAUUAUAAACUGAACCAUGCACUCUGUUUGCGAAGAGGAAUGUUUAAAUCUCACUGCAUCUUGAACUGGCCAGUUCAGAAAGAACGGAUCGAUGCCUUUCGUCAUAAAUUGCAGGUAGCACUUGGAUCCAAAAACUCAGUACAUUGAAUUUAUUUAAAUAUUCAAUUAGCAAAGGAGAAACUUUCUCAAUUUAAAAAGUUCCAUGGUAAAUUUAAGUUUUACAUAAAGGUGUUAUGAUUUGUUUAUUCGUAUUUGUAAGUGAUUAUAUUCUGUCACAAUUAUCUCUCUUCUAGGAAAAUGUUUCUCCUUAUUUCAGGUCUAUUUUUGAUAAAUGACUUAAUUUUACCCAAAACAAACAUAUAAACACAUAA